UGCGACACAACCAAAACACCGGAAAUAAGCGUGAGUGCGGAAGUGUUGAUGACCCUGUGCAAUGUCUCCAAACUAGGAAGUUAAAGCAGAUUAAAAUGGUUUUUGUAGAAGUCAAAUAAGCAGGGAAAUUUACGGAGUUAACAGCUGCAACCUCGGGUUGUAUUAGUUUAUUUAAACUUUGCAGUACGGAACUUUCCCUGUGUUAGAUUCUUCGGGCUCUCGGCCCAGUCGUGCUCUGACAGGUGAGCCAUGCCCCCCAGCAGCACGUAAGGAUGGAGAACCUGCGCUCUCGGCUGAAGCUGGGGAGCAAAGCAAAGGAUGUGAAGCUGAGGAAACGGAGGUCCCUACUUUACUCCAAGGAGGAUGGGAGACUUUUAAACCACGGUCUACUGAAGGUGGUUGUCUUCACUGUGGUGUUCAGGCUGGUUAACUGUGUCCUGGUUCAGACCAGCUUUGUCCCUGAUGAGUACUGGCAGUCCUUGGAGGUGGCCCAUCGGACGGUCUUUAAAUAUGGGUAUCUGACCUGGGAGUGGAAAGCAGGAAUCAGAGGAUUCACAUUUCCAUUGUUCUUUGCCUUCCUGUACAAAAUACUACACCUUCUAAACUACGACACAGUCCAUCUCCUGAUUUGGCUGCCUCGAGUAGCUCAAGCUCUCCUGGCUGCGUUCGCUGAUGUGAAAUUCUACCUGCUCAUCCGAACAUUGGAAACUGAGGACGUCUCAAGAUGGACGUUCUUUUGCCACCUGUGCUCCUGGUUCUCCUGGUUCUGCUGCACCAGGACUCUGACGAACACCGCUGAGACCACCCUCACCUGUUUGGCUCUGUUUUACUUCCCUCUGCCGGGGUCCAAAACUUACAGCAGUAAAAAGUACUUGUCUCUGGUGGCCUUGGCUGUGCUUGUGCGCCCGACGGCCCUGAUUGUCUGGUUUCCUCUGCUGAUGUGCCAUUUCUGGCAGGAAGAGAACAAACUGAGACUCAUCACUCGUCGCUACAUUCCUAUAGGGAUUUUGGCGGUUCUGAUUUCAGCACUGAUCGACUGUCUGUUCUACGAAAAGUGGACUUUGGUGCAGCUCAACUUCAUAAAGUUCAACAUCCUGCACGGUGUGGCAGAUUUCUACGGCUCCCACCCCUGGCACUGGUACUUCAGCCAGGGCUUCGCCGUCGUCAUCGGCCCCCAUCUUCCUUUCUUUCUACAUGGAUGCAGCCUCGCCUUCAGGAAAUACAGAAUCCUGCUGGCCACAGUUCUGUGGACUAUUGUUGUUUACAGUUUCCUUCCUCACAAGGAGUUCAGGUUCAUCUACCCUGUACUGCCGUUCUGCAUGAUCUUCUGUGGAAUAUCUUUGGCUCAUCUCAAAGCGUGGCGGCGACCAGCUGCAGCCCUCCUCCUGGUAUCCAACCUGGUUCUGGCUCUGUAUACGGGUCUGAUACACCAGCGAGGCACUCUGGAUGUCAUGAGCCACCUUCAGAGGCUUUGUGAGGUCAGCAGCGACUCCGCCCGCCCGCAGUCCGAUGUCUUCUUCCUCAUGCCCUGUCACUCAACGCCCUUCUACAGCCACGUCCACUGUCCUCUGAAGAUGAGGAUCCUGGAGUGUCCUCCAGACCUCGGAGAGGACGGCUAUGCUGAAGAAGCUGCACAGUUUUACAGCAAUCCUCUCCUCUGGCUCCGGACUGCCUUUCCAUACAAAUCCUCUCUGCCAACACAUUUGGUUUUGUUUGACGUUUUGGAAAAGGAAAUUUCCACAUUCCUGCAAGUGAAUAACUUCACGAGGACAGCAGAGAUAUUUCACACUCACGUUCCCGAGGGAAGAGUUGGAGGAAGCAUCUUUAUUUAUGAAAGGCACUGAAAGAACCCCCAGCAGAAACACCAAGGAAAAUGUAACAAUUUUCUACUGCAAUAAAUAUUUUAAACUCCAA